GGAGAAGUUCGUUUUCCCAUGAUGCACCUGUCGUUCUUCCUAUCUCGCGCCUUUGCCUCGGAUCAGUCCAUCUUGCCUUUCGCAUCGCUGCAGUCACCCUCUCCCUCUGCCAGCGCGCCGUCCCUGUUGUUGUAGUAAAUAAUGGCGGCCUCGGGAGGCGGAUUAUCCUCUUCCUCCACGGUGGCGGGCUUGAGCAGUGGAGCACCGCCAGCCAGGGCUCGUUUUCCGGGCCGGCCGUCCGCGGUUCGCAGCAGGCUGCGGUCCGAGAAACGAAGCAGACGCGGAAGAUGGGGCUCGGACGUCGGUGAGCUGGCUGUCGGAGGGCCGAGGCCCGUAAACAUCGGACUUGCUUUAAGCGAGGAUCCGUCCCUGCUGCGCCUUCUCGGGGUAACGGAGAAGUACAGCCGGCAGAGAGAUGUGGGGUUUGACUCCAGCAGCAGUGAGGAGGAGGAAGAUUUCACUGGAUUUGGGACCACCAGAGUUCAUCCUCAGAAAACUGUCCCUGAUUCCACCAUCAGCCAAGCCACUUCCCCUCAGGCUUCUAAUCCCCUGGCAAUAGCAAAGCCUCUUGUUGGGAAAAUUAUUCCCAAGACACCAAAACCAGCUGUCGUGGGGAAAAUCGUACCACGGGUUUCUAAAGAAGAACAGGAUGUUGAAGAGAACCCAGAAAAAGACAAAGAGUUGCCAAAGGCAGCAAAUAAAAUGCUUGAAAAGCAGGUGGCGCUCUCUGCAAAAGCCAAACACUCAGACCCUCAGCCCUCAGGUACACGCAGCAGUACAGCGUCAGCUGACGUCCUCAGCCCAGCGGGAGCAACGUCCUGCCCCCAAAGCACGAAGAACCAGGCAGCCGCCUCAUCAACCGGCUGCACCAAGCACCAGGAAAAGGCACACGGUUAUCCUACCGCAGGGAGAGGGAGGGGAAGAGCUCCGAAAAGAGUCAAAGAGGAAGGUGAGGCGUCAGAGGACUCGGACACGGGCACAGGUCAGAGACAGCGACCCGUAAAGACCGCCUUCCGGUUGGGCCACUCCAGACGCACGGCCCGAGCCGUCGCCCUGUCCUUUACGUCCUUCCACAAACGGCAGAGGAGGAGAACUGCCAAAGGCAUGGGCGCCUCCCCUGAGGCCGGAGCCGAGGCCGGCCCCCACAGCGGGGAGGAGGCUGCCAUGCCCCUCGAGUGUAAAGCUGCACAGUCCUCCCAAAGACGAGUGUACAAGAGACAUCACCGCAAGUCUUUGUUUGGGUACAAGCGGAAGCCGUCAUCGGGCGAUCCAGCUAUGAAAUUCCCCAAAAUCAGAAGAGUUCGCACCAAGCAUGUUUUUUAUACCUACGAACCGAAGGCCCCACCCCCCACAGCAGGGCAGGAUGGGAAUGGACCUCCGAUCCCUGGGCAGAAUAUCCCCCCAUCGGAGGAAGAGCCAGGCUCAGUUUCUGAGCUGGAACGUCAAAGCUCCAAAAAUUCCUCCUCCAUUGUUACGAGUGGGCGGUCGUCGCGAGUUAUCAAAACUCCAAAGAGGUUCCUGGAUGAGGAAAUGAUCCCCUUUCCAAAGGGCUCCCUGUCAACAUGGCUGAAAACGCAGCAGAGGGAUGAGGGGAAAGCGGCCCCAUCGCAGACUGAGUCGAGUUACAGCGGCCACUCCCAGUCCGGGGACUGCAACGCCGCGUCUGUGUUCCACAGCCCGGCCGCAGUGAAAAUCUCAUCAGCACCAAGUCCAGGCGCGAGCCACAAAGAGAUCUACAAAAACCUGAAGAAGCUGACCUUAAAACUGGCAGAGAAAAAGAGAGGCCAGUCUAACUCUCAGGAGGACGGCGCUCAGCAUGGCGACACUCUGACCUCGCACGUCAGGAAGAGACGGAGGCCCAAGCUCAUGAUGGAGGAACUGGACUCCCCCGGAGUUGUCAGGAAACUCGCUGUAGUGGUGAACGCGGAUGUGGAAUCAUCCUCUCAGAUCCUGCCGGAAAAUACAGGCAUUAAAAAUAAAGCAGCAGGUUUAACUGAUGCAAGCGAGACACUGGAAGUCAGUGGGCCAAGCCAUCGGAUUGGUCUCAGUGGAGCCAAUAAGAGGAUGCUUCACCUGCUUAAGAAAGCCAAAGUUCAGCUCAUCAAAAUCGAUCAGCAGAAGCAGCUCAAAUUGUCGCAGUUGGGCUCUAGCGAGUCACAAGUACCAUUGAGUGGGAGGAGGAGGAGGAGGAGGAGGAGAGUCGGUCUGCCUCAUAAAGAGUUGGGGCCACAGGAGCAGCCGCUGGGCGGCCCGAGGAUCAAACACGUGUGCCGGGCAGCAGCGGUGGCUCUGGGGCAGCCCCGCGCCAUGGUGCCAGACGACAUCCCCAGACUCAGCGCCCUGCCGCUGCACGAGAGGGAGGGCAUCACCUUCUCCUCCGCAGCCGAAGAUGUGGCAGAUGAUGAUGAUGAUGAUGAUGACGAUGAUGAUGAUCCCGUCUCUGAUCAGGGGAGAGCCCAGUGGGCUGUCUCGCAGGAAAGCAUUCAGCGCCGGAGGCGGGGGAGGGGGAAGGGCCAUAAGUUCAGGAAGAGGAGAGUACUGAGUCAGUACAUACCCGGGGGGGUCCGGUCCCGGCGCUGCGGGAGCUGCAAGGGCUGCUCGGUGGAGGAGGACUGUGCAAAGUGCAUCAACUGUUUGGACAAGCCCAAGUUUGGGGGGCCCAACACCAAGAGGCAGUGCUGCAUAUACAGGAAGUGUGAUCGGAUUGAGAAAGCAAAGAUGAGUCGCGCUUUAAAACCGGUGAAAGUCCAGGAGAGGCGGUUCUCAGGCUCCAUGCCGAGCUCUGAUGCAAAGUGCCGCUUCGGAGACGCAGGAGAAGCUCCAUCCUCCACGGCGCGUGGAAUCAGGAAGCAGUCCCUGCGUAACAUCAAGCCACGCUCCUACAGCAGCCUGCUCAAAUCUGAAUCUGAGGAAGAGGAGGAGGAGAUGGAAGAGGACAAGUCGGACAAGUCGACUGUCAAGCUAAGUGCUGCUCCUCUCUCCAACCAAGGGGAUCUUCCCCCUCAAGAUGGCGUUUUGCUGCCAGACGACCCCCCGACUGAGGCGGUCAGGCAUCGCCGGCUGUUCCCCAAAGGCUCUGGCAGACCAAGAGCUUACAAGUGCGCUCCUCCACAGGCUCAGAGGAACACGGAGGAGAUGGAGCCCAGAGAAACUUUCCCUGAAUCUGGACCAUCCAGGAGCCCGAAGCUGCAGAGGCAGCUACAAAUACAUUUACGCCGUCUGCCUGAUUAUAUCCUGCAGUCUGCCACUUUGUCUUUGGCGCCUAAGUCGCCUCCGUGUGUGGAUCAGUGUACUGCACAGGCCAAUCCUCCAUGUUUCCAGCCUUUAACGCAGCCUGCUAUCUCACAAUCUUCCUGCCCAAUAGCAAAUUCUACUCCAAAGCCUGAAAGGCACGCUGUUUCUCCACCUUCCUCCCAGCACAGUACAGACUCUCCUCAGAAAACUCUGGUGUUGCGUUUGCACCGUUUGCACCACUCUCUGGUGCAGUCGCUGUUUCACCCGCACAAACCUGUCCCAUCACCAUCACCCGCUCAGCAUCUGCGGUCCACACUGCAGCCGGCUGCGGUGGAGGGUUCGCCACACAUUUGUUCUCAGGGAUGUCCAGAGUCUGAGGCGAAGCCCUCAGACGCUCAGACGGAGACGGGCCGAGCUCACGCAGAUAAGACUGCGUGCAGGCUCUUUCCAGGGCGGCCACAGACUGUCAGUCCACCGGCAGAAUUACAGGAAGGCAAGCAAAAGGAGCAGGAGGAUGCUCACGGAGAGCUGCCAGAAGAGGACCAGGAGGACUCUUCUGUAGCAGAGACGGAGCUACAAAGCUGUCCAGCAACUGACCCACACUAUCUCCUUCAUUCUCAGAAUGCUGCAGAGUGUGCAUCAGUGAACAGCCUGGCGGGGUUAACUAACGGAUUUCCCCAAAAGGGCCUGUUGCAGUACAAGCACAAGAUCCGUGUAGACUUUAAGGAGGACUGUGCUGUUCAAAAUGUGUGGCUGAUGGGCGGCCUCAGCGUCCUCACCUCAGUGGCCAGCACUCCACAGCCGGUCUGCCUGCUCUGUGCCAGCAAAGGAAGACACGAGAUGAUCUUCUGCCAGAUCUGCUGUGAGCCUUUCCACCGUUUCUGUCUCGCACCUGAAGAGUGUCCCCAGGAGGAGGCCAAGGAGAACUGGUGCUGCAGGCGCUGCAAAUUCUGUAACGUCUGCGGCCGUAGAAGCAAAAGCACAAAGCCUGUGUUGCAGUGCAGGAGAUGCCAAACCUGCUACCACCCUUCUUGCUUGGGGCCAACAUACCCAAAGCCUAUAAAUUGCAGCAUGCCCUGGGUUUGCAUGACUUGCAUUCGCUGUAAAAGCUGCGGAGUGACUCCUGGUAAGACAUGGGACUUGGCCUGGAACCACGAGCAGGACCUCUGUCCGGACUGCAGUACUCUCCACAAGAAAGGGCAUUUCUGCUCCAUCUGCUCCAAGUGCUAUGAGGACAGCAGCCAACCCUCACGGAUGAUUCAGUGUUCAAACUGCAGCCGGUGGGUUCAUUACAGAUGUGAAGGACUUUCAGAGGAGCUUUUCGAGCUGUUAUCCAGUCAGCCAGCAAAGUCGGAUUUCAGCUGUUCACCCUGCAGGCAGCACCAGAGUCACCUCAGCAGUUUGAAGGAGGGGCUGCAGAGCAGCCUGACGGGCGGGCUGGAGGAAGUGCUCACUGACCUCCUCUCCUCCAGCAACACUCAGCAUCUCCGCGUCUGUAAAACGUGUCAGGAAACAAACAUGACUCCAUCUGUCCGGGAGCAACAGCCCAUCUGUGACCUACAAGCUGUGGAGAGGAAGCUCAAAGGGGGCGGCUACCCCUCCAUAAAAGCUUUUCAUAUGGAUGUCGCAGCUGUGAUGAAGAAAUGGUUGAAACAAGAGGAACUUCUCCCUGAGGAUCAAAGACCGACCAUUCACUCUAGAGUGCACUAUGUCCAGGUGAUGAAGCGAGUCUUCAGUUGGUAUCCUGCAUGCCUUCUUAAAAAGUGGAACUCAUUCUCUGAAGAAUUCCCAAGUGGCAUGCUUCCUGAAGCGGUCCUUCCACCUUCAAGGGAGCACAGUUAUGCUCAGUGGCUGGAGAGGACAUUCCAGCCCAAGGGGUCCCGAGGCCCACAGAUUCAGUGCGACUACACGCCGUCCUCAUUCUCUGCACAUCAGUUUGGUGCAUCUCAAGCUCCCCGUCUGUACUCGCAAGAUUCCACCAAGGUUGAAGAUAUGAGACAGUGUGCGCUUUGCCAACAAUAUGGAGAUGCUGUUCCUAGGGAGGCAGGACGGCUGUUGUACUUGGGGCAGAACGAGUGGGCACAUGUGAACUGCUGCCUGUGGUCUGCUGAAGUCUAUGAGCAGGACAGUGCUCUGCUACAAGUGCACAGUGCUGUCUCAAGGGGGCGCCAUUUGCGGUGUGAUCGUUGCGGGCAGUCUGGAGCCACGGUGGGCUGCUGUCUCGCCACCUGCCAGAGCAAUUUUCACUUCAUGUGUGCCCGGGCGGAUAACUGUGUGUUCCAGCAGGACAGGAAGGUUUACUGUGACGAGCACAGAGAUCUCGUCAGUGCUAAGAUUGUGUCAGGGAAAGGGUUUGAGGUGCCUCGGCGAGUGUAUGUGGACUUUGAGGGGAUCAAUUUGAGAAGAAAGUUUCUCACAGGUCUUGAGCCAGAAUCCAUUAACAUGACGAUAGGCUCUCUCCAGAUCCAAAAACUUGGUGUAUUAUCAGAGCUGUCAUCAAACGGGAGGAUGCUGUAUCCUGUUGGUUAUCAGUGCUCUCGGUUGUACUGGAGCACCGUAGACCCCCGGAGACGCUGCAAGUACACCUGUAAGGUGACAGAAGUGAGCACACCUCUCCCGGGUGAGGAGCAAGAUCCAAGAUGGGACAAAGAAGAGAACCACACCAUUGUCCACAGUCCAAACCGUCAAAGAGAUGUGGAGUCCCCAGAUCGUUUAAACUCCUCGUCCAGCCCCAUAAAGUCCACGAACCCAUCACCCAACUCUACAACACUCAACACACCUGGACCUAAAAGUCCUGGUCACACACAGACCAGGAGACCAGCGGGCGGGUCAUCCCGUCCUCUGCCAUCUCCAGGGUCAGCUCCUCACAAAUCUCAUCACAUCCUGACGCUGAGAGACCUGGACGACACACGUCGGCCACGCAGGCUCUCAUCUCGAAGCCGCCGCAGCUCCUCGCCGACAGAAAUCAGCCCGUCCGCACCCGUGAACCUCCGCUCGGGUGCCACCAGCCUCUCCAGAUGCGCCCUGUUUGGCUCCCCUCUGCGAUCAUCAAACAUCGGAACCAUUUCCCCUCCCCUCUCGGGACAAAACCCCACGUCCCCGGUCUGGAGCUCCCCUCCCAGAUCCAACUCCAGCAUGUGCGCGGGGCUGUCACCCCGACAAGGAGCCGUUACUCACUCCCCCAGAGGGCGGCAAAACUUCAAAAUCACAACCCCAGUGUCUGCUGAGGUUCCCCAAGAUUUCCUGGCAUCCUCCGAGGCAGAAGAUGCCGCAGUGGCUACAACAAAUGGGAUCUCGCUCGCCCCCGGUAACCUGGAGGAUGAAGUGUCCCACCUGAUGUCCCAGGAGCUGCCUUACACGGUGUUCGACACGGACGCCGUGGAUUCCAUGCUGAACACCAAGCUGGAGUUCGAUGACGCUCUGCUCUCUGAGAGCGUCCCGCUGCACGGAGGUAGAGGGGAGGCGGAAGUAGCUGUGCAGGGUGUGCAAAUGCAAGCAGGCGACGAGGAGAAUAGCUCCGAUGACGAGAGCUCCAGCCACUACUUGAGGUUUUCGCGGACGGUGGUGUGUGAUGCGGCGGGCAGCGCCGAGGCGGCAGGCCAGCUGCCCUCUGCACAGUCCAUCUCACAGUUGGACGGCGCAGACGGAGGGUCAGAGAGCGACGAGAACGAGGGGGUCGACGACGAAUCAAAAGGCGAUCCCAACACACCAACAAAACAGCUAACAGUCACACUCAAGAGGCUGGAGUCUAUCUACACGGCGCCAAAGUCUAAUGCAGAGAGAGAAGCCAACGAACCAGAAGUAGAGGAAAGUUUCUCACCCCCUGCUAUUUUGGAUUCGUCUUACAGCAACAGUGAGCUGUCGUUACAGGAAGAGGUCGUUAUGGCCCCAGAAACACCAGAACCUGAACACAAAAUAUUUUUGGAUUCAGAUACAGGGAAUUUUGUUUCAGUUGAAGAGGCUCCAGCAGUGUCUGUGACACAGAGAGCGGAUGAGGACAGAGACGAGGGCAGCUCAUCGGCAGACUCGGUUGAGGGAUUCCAAGAUGAUUUGAAAGAUCCCGACUACUCUCCAGAGUCCGAAACCAAGAAGUCUCCCAUCAUGCAGAUGAAAACAAUCAUAAUGAAGACAAAGCUGCCUGCACCAAACCCGCCCAAGCCGCUGUUACCAAAAGUUCAAUACCAGCCCAAAAUUCCCCUCCCCCUGACCCCCCGGCCUGUACAGGUUGGAGACAACAGGCUGGUGUCCGCUCCAGCAGCCGUCUGUGCGGUCCCGCGCCCCGUCACCUCCCCGAUCAUAAUCAACGGCCUGAACGCGUUCCCCCUUCAGCCCAGCACCGCGCGGGGCCGAACCAUCGCCAUCCGCCUGGACACCUCCAAGCAGGACGGCCAGCAACCGCAGGAAGCGGCCAGCCAGAGCUCCGGGGCCGCCGGGCCGCCCGCGCCCCAGCCGCCCGCGCGCCAGGUCCUGCUGGUCAACCGGCAGGGGCAGAUCCUCAUCAAGGACCCCAGAUCCAACACCUUCCAGACCCUCGCGGCGAACUCGCCAGCUUAUAACAAGAUCAGCCACAUCGCCAAGAUUUUGCACAGCGGGAACACGCUGCAUCAGCCCGUCCCCCGCGUCAUCAUAAAGCCCCGCGCCGGAGCGCCCACCCCCAACCCGCCCCCCGCCGGCAACCACGCCCCGCCCGAGAGGAAGCUCGUCUUCAGGGUGCUCCCCGUGAGGAGCGGCGCUGCUCCGAACCCCGCCGCGCCCAUCGGCGUGCAAACCAUUCCUCUGGUUGGCUUCUCCAGCACCAACAAAUGCACGGCCCAGGCCAUCCUGGAAAAGGCAAUGGCCAGUCACCGCGACGCACAGAGGCCCAAGCCCAUCAUUCUCAGCAACACUCUGCCGCCAAACAGCAGACCGCAGAGACCGGCCCAGGUGUCCGAGGCCGGAGACCCCAGCCCCUCACCGGCUGGACAGCCGGAGCCCCCCGGCGGGCUCUCCAACGAACCAACACUGGCUUCAUCACGCCACCAAGUGAGAGUCAAAAGAGUGUCGUCAGUGUCUGAAAAACCCUCCAGGAAGAAAUCCAAGUUGGACUUUUUAAAAGAUCCAUCGAGUGAGCCAGAAGACGUUCAGGAAGCCAGGGCGAGUGGUGUUAGAAUGAAAGCUCCAACCACCAAAGACGUCCUCGAUCUGAACCAGGAGAACGUGCCUGAGCCCAAGCCGUUGAGAAUAACCGCUCCACCUCCUCCUACACCCAGCAGGCGCCCCCGGGUUGAUACUCCUCUUACGUCCUCACAAACCAACACUUACCCUCAUGGUGGCACACACACGUGGGUCAGCUCUCGCCACGGGGACCUCUCUGAGUGGGGCCCGUAUACAGGUUUUAGCUCAGAAGAAGACGCCCCUGCACUCAAGCACAGGAAGACCUACAUGAACCAGCCCCACCUUCGCUUCGAAAUCACCAGCGAUGACGGCUUCAGCGUGAAGGCGAACAGCAUAGAGGUCGCCUGGCGUGCUGUGAUUGACGGCGUCCUUGAAGCCCGAGCAGGCUUCCACCUGAAGCAGCUUCCUCUGGGCGUGAUGAGCGGCCCGCGGGUGCUGGGCGUCAUCCACGAUGCUGUCAUCUUCCUGCUGGAGCAGCUGCAGGGCGCCGGCAACUGCAAGCGCCACCGCUUCCGAUUCCACCGCUGCGAUGACAUUGAGGAAGAGCUUCCGCUGAACCCGAGCGGCUGCGCGCGCGCUGAAGUCUACACACGGUGCCGACGCCUUACUUUUCCAACACGGAAAGCGACUUUUGAUAUGUUCAACUUCCUGGCGUCUCAGCACAGAGCCCUGCCCGACAUAGUCGGCCCCUUUGAUGAAGAUGACGAUGAAUUCCCACUCAAGUCCUCCAGGCGAGCCACCAGCAGCGAGCUGCCCAUGGCAAUGAGGUUCAGACACCUGGAGAAAACCUCCAAAGAAGCCGUAGGAGUGUACAGAUCUUCCAUUCACGGCCGUGGACUGUUCUGCAAGCGGAACAUCGAGGCUGGGGAGAUGGUGAUAGAGUAUGCCGGCACAGUCAUUCGCUCCGUCCUGACCGAUAAGCGGGAGAAGUACUACGACAGCAAGGGCAUCGGCUGCUACAUGUUCCGCAUCGACGACUUUGACGUGGUGGACGCCACGAUGCAGGGCAACGCCGCCCGGUUCAUCAACCACUCGUGCGAGCCCAACUGCUACUCGCGCGUCAUCAACGUGGACGGCCGCAAGCACAUCGUCAUCUUUGCCCUGAGGAAGAUCUACCGGGGCGAGGAGCUCACCUACGACUACAAGUUCCCCAUCGAGGACGCCGACAGCAAGCUGCACUGCAACUGCGGGACCAGGCGGUGCCGCCGCUUCCUCAACUAG